AUGCCGCGAGGACAUGGAAAAUUAUCAAAAACUCAAAUGAAAGAAUUACGUGAUGCAUUCGAUAUGUUUGAUCGUGAUCAGAGUGGAUCUAUCUCUUCAUCGGAACUUAAACAACUUUUAAUCGCAUUGAAUUUUAAACCAACAGAAAAUUUACUUCGAAAGGUGAUGAGAGAAAUGGAUGCUGAUGGUAAUGGUACUAUUGAAUUUGAUGAAUUUGUUAAAGUUAUGGGAAGUGUUUAUGCACGAAAAUUAACAGAUGAUGAAAUGCAACGAGCAUUUAAAUGUUUUGAUAAAGAUGAUUCUGGUUUUAUAACAAUUGAAGAACUUCGAGAUGUUUUACGUCAGUUGAAUCAAAAUACUAGUGAAAAACAUUUGAAAGAUAUGGUAAAUCAACUUGAUGAAGAUCAUGAUGGAAAAAUUAGUUAUGAUGAAUUUGUACAUAUGUUACAAGGAAUGUCAUAG